AGUGACAGCAAGAGAGAGAGAGAGAGAUUCCAUCCUUCCAUCUGCUGGUUCACUCUGCAAACGCCCACAACAUCCAGGGCUGGGCCAAGUUGAAGCCAGGUGCCAAGAACUUCAUCUGGAUCUUCCAUAAAGGCGGCAGGGAAUCGGUCAAGUUUUCCAUAUCAUUUUGUGAUAUCUCUUAGCAAUCCAGAUGAGUGAGUCAACAUCCCAAGAGGAACCCAGACCUGCUCAGAAAAAUGAAAAAGAAGGUAAAGAAAGGCAUCAGGACUCAACUGAAAUGAAAGAGUCUAUUGAGAGUUCACAGAACGUAGCAGAUGUUUCUGUAACAGAGGCCAGCAACAAUGUAGGAGAAGAAGCAACAGAUGAAAUCAAACCCCAAGAAUUAACCCCAGAGGAGCAGCCAACAACUUCAGUUGAUUCAAUAAAGGACCCUCAUACUAGAGCCUCAGGGAAUGUUGCAAUCAGAAAGCCUGCAAAAGUGAUUUUGGGUUUAGAUGAAAGUGAACAGACAUCACAGCUAGAACAACCAUGGAAGAAAAAUCUGUUUGAAAGAGUGGAAGCAAGAGCCCAGGCAAUGCAACAGAAAAUAAUAGAUAAGGAUAAUCUGAAGAAGGAACUAGAGAAAAAGGCUGAAAAAAUACUCCCUAAGGAUAAUUUGGCCAAAGAGUGGUUUAACACUGAGAGCUUGACACUGAAUACUCGUGUAUAUUUGCUUGACAAACUUCUACCCACCUUAGUUCCUGCUGUGGAACAAAUGUUAACACAAAUGGAAAAGAAAAAGCUUCAGACAGAAGCUGACAUUCCAACCAAGUUUGAUCCAAUUAAUCAUUUGGGGGAAUAUUUAAUGAGAAACAAUCCUCAUUAUAUCAAAGAUCAAGGAAUGUCUGGUUACCAGAGGGUGAUGAGAGAUGUCACAGAAGACCUGAAGAUACAUGUUCCUGACACUGUCUGCAACAGAGUGUCCAAGAUGAAGGAGAAAGUGAAGCAGAAACGAGAACAAAGAGAAAGCAUAAGCAAAGUCAAAGUCAAGGUGGCCAACAUGCGCAAACAGGCUCUGCAGGAGCAGUUCAAUGAAUGGAUUCUAGACCCCAAAGGAAUGAUUCCCCUAGUAGUGGUUCAAAAUGUUCUUCAUGAAUUUUUUCAAAAACCAGAAGUUCAGCUUGACUCAUAUUGCCAACAGUUGGAUAUCACUGGCUCAAUGGAACCCGGAUUGAACAAAAUGGAAUUUACAGAAUACAUCUCUUCACACAUUGCAGACUUCAAAAGUGAAACCUUUGAGGAACUCCUGAAGCACCUUUGUCACUGUGCAGAUGAAUUCAGGGAGGUCAUAAAAGCUGACAUGCGGAGGCAUAUGUUUGCUGAACUCUUCCUGUACUGUGAUCGAGGGAAGGUAGGGAUUUUGGAUCGUCAGAGGACACUGGCCUUGCUGGAAAUGUUCUAUGACCAAAGUCCACAGAUGCUUAGGAGUUUACUUCGAAACCCAAGACAAUGGCCAUUCGUUGAAUUUGAAGAGAUAGUCCUGCCUGAGUUCUGGGGAGACAUGGAUAAUCAGAAGCACAUUUACGAAGACUUUGACAAAGUGCUCUUAGAGAUGAGUACAUUACUUUCUGAAAAAAAUGACAACAAAAACCAAAGCAAAUUGUUAGAAAAUUCAGAAGAGCAACAUAAACGCAAUGAACAGAGAAAAUCAACACCAUCACUCAACAACACAGCAGAACAGCAGAAAGCGACAACUGCAGAACAAGAACUACACAGAGAAUCAGCAACAGAAGAAGGAGCCUACACAGAGUCAACUCCAGAUCGAAGAUCAAUUAGAGAGUUCGUACCAGAACGAGAACCAAACAAAGGGUCCACAGCAGGACAAGAGCCAGGCAGACUAUCAGCCUCAGAACAAGGAUCACACAGAGGGUCCACAGGAGAGCAAGGACCACGCAAAGUGUCAGUUGCAGAACCAGCAUCCCGCAGAGAGUCAACUAUAGAACCAGGAUCACGUAGAGUGUCAGCUGCAGAAUCAGGGUCCCGCAGAGGGUCAGCUAUCGAACCAGGAGCACGUAGAGCAUCCGCUGCAGAACCAGGAUCACACAGAGAGUCCAUAACAGAAGAACAACACAAGGAGUCAGAACAAAGACCCCGAAGACAGACAACUCCAGAAGAACAACAGGACAUAGAUUCAACUUCACAAUCAAGAGAAGAAAGCAACAUAAAAGAAAGUACAAAAUCUAGGGCGGCUAUUCCUUCUGUAUACACUGAAAUCCCCUCACAGGAAAAGAGUUCUUCGGAGCAAGCAUAUGAAGAGGAACCACUCGUGAGGUCUGAAUUGCAAGGGGAAGUUCCAACAUCAAGUAAAAAAGAUCAUAUUUCAGGAGCUACAAAAAAGGAAGCACAGAAAGACAAAUCCUGUGAACCUAAAUCCCAAAAAAUAGAAGGAAAGUCAUGGUCAGGUGAAUUUUUGACUUGUAACUGGCGAAUGAAGUAUGUCAAAUUUGAAGAUGAGGAACAGGCAAACCUAAUCUAUGGUAACUCUAGGUUCACAGACUUACACUCAAUUAUAAGAAGCAUUCAGUCUUACAAGGAAGUAAAAGGUAGGAGUGCCUUCAGUGGAGCUUCCUUCAACCUGCUCCAGUUUGUGCAACUCCUGGAGACGUUUGUUGGUGAAGAUACCUCCUUGAGUGUCAGCGAGACCCUGGCCGCAUUUUUUAAGCGGGGUUAUGUUGAGAGAAAAGAAGAGAAAAUGAGUGCCUUAGAACAGGUAAAACAAAAUGCUUUCCGAGUCCGACGGGGGCUUCUCUUAGAAGCCCUCUUUCAAAAAUGGGACAGUGACAGCUCAGGCUUCCUAGAUGUUAAGGAAGUUGAUGAACUCCUGUACACAUACAAGCAGGGAAUGGAGAAAGAAUCGAUGAAGAAAGCUAAAUUACACAUCCAGUUUCCAAAACCACACCCUGGUCAUGAAGUGAGGUUAUCUUCAAAACAAUUUCAGAAAUACAUAGAAUUGGUUGUAUCUGAACUCAGGGGCAAUGAAGAUCAAGUUCUGGAAAGCGUUGUGGAAUUUCUAAUGAACACUUUAGAGAGGAGUCACAUUGAGAGUCUGAGGAACUGUGCCAGACGGAAGUGGCUGCACCAAAUCCAGCAUGCUGCAGAGACAAGUGGAGUGUCCCUGGAGCCAGUCUACACUGAGACCUUUAAGGCCCUCACCCAGGAUGCUGAAGCCCAUGGAAAUAAGAAGAUCAGUGCGCACAUCUCCCUCCUAGAAGAAAAUGUACUUCUGCCACAUAGAGGGAAUGUUGCACUGAGGAACGUGGCGUGCACCUUAGAUGAUGCUCCAUUUGUCCUGAACAAAGUGCUCUACCGGGACAUGAAGGGAAUCAGCUUUACAGUAGUGGAUGAAGGGAAGCCCGUCCAUGUCCCUCAAGUUCAGUACCACGGGAACAUCUUCUUCUGGAACCAUUCCCGCAGUAAGGAGGAUUAUAAUGGAUCGUUCCUGGCUUUGCCUCUUCAGGAUGCAUAUAUGAGGAUCUUUGGGGUCUUGGCUGUUGACACACUUAGAGAUCCCCAUGAAAUAAACAUCUUCCUACCUCAUGAGAUCAGAUUCUAUCAGGGUGUUGCCAAUGUCUUUAGUGCUGCCUAUCACUACAUCCACAGCCGGGAACACAUCCUGCAUAUAGUGAUCACUGGCAUCGGCUGGCUCUACAGCAUCACGUCGGGCAUCAUCUCCAUCACCACACUCUUUGUUGAGCCUAGCCCAAACCAGGAUUCAGACUAUGUUUUACGCAGUAUGAUGGUUACAAGGCAGCUGGGUCUAACGGAAAUCCACACAAAUCCCCCUACCAUCUCCAGGAAGUCAUGCAUCUUCAGAGAUUUCCUCUUUAAGUGCACAGACAGUUCACAAGUUGUUUUGGCCUCUGUCUGUGGAGAAACCCACAUAGUAGUUCCACUCCGUGAGAGAACGGGAGAGGCUCUGGGAGUCCUCGAUUUUAACAUUGGCCGGACUAGGAUGUUAUUAUAUCAGGAGUACAAAGAUCUACAGAAAAUGAUGAAGGUGAUCCAAGCUGCCUGCUAUGAAACACUGGACGAAUUAUCUGGAGAGAGAAAAAGAAAAUGUGUCUUAGAGAUUGAAGACGUAGGAGAAGUCCAGCGGGCAGGAAUCAUCUUCUUCCGGAUCAUGCUUCAGGAGCUGCAGGAGUGCCUGCAACUGCUCGAUUCCAUGAGCUUUGUGUCUCUGUUGCUCUACGACCAUAGUACUAUAGUACAGACAGAAUCCCUUCCAGACAGCAAGACCCGGGAACUGGUAGCCAACAUAAACCUAGUGCAGGAUAUCCUAAAAGGGGUUAUCUUGUUCUUUCAUCCAGAGUUGGAAUUUUCAAGUGACUUUCAAAACUGGGAUAAGUGUAAGCUUUAUGUUAACAAAUAUUUAGUCAAGAAUAUUUGUGCCUUUGAUCCAACUGCUAGUGAUUUGGAAAUCAAUUUACAGCUCAUUGAUGAAUGUAUCAGAGACCAUUCCCGAGCCGAAGUGUGGAGCUUUGGAGAUAUUGUCAUUGAGCUCCUGUACCACUGGGUGCACGUCUGUUUGGCUCUCAUAGACUUAAACAAAAAGCGGACUAGUGCAAUUACACCUCCAUUGCCCUCCAAAACAGACAACUAUGUGUGUGCAAAAAUGCCUGGGGCGGCUUUGCCAGGAAAAUGCUAAUGGAAUCGGUACUGUACUGAGGAUCCUUUGGUCAUGUUCAGUUUUGUUAACUAUAAAAUAUUUU